AUGACCAAACGCAACCUGCCUGGCCUGAGGAAGUCUGCACCACCUCUCCUCAGGCACCGCCUCUCCUCAGGCACCAUCUCCUCAGGCACCAUCUCCACUCAGGCACCACCUCUCCUCAGGCACCAUCUCCACUCAGGCACCACCUGUCCUCGGGCACCAUCUCCCCCCAGGCACCACCUCUCCUCGGGCACCACCUCUCCUCGGGAACCACCUAUGCUCAGGCACCAACGCUCCUCAGGCACCACCUCUCAUCAGGUACCACCCCUCAUCAGGCACCACCUAUGCUCAGGCACAAACUCUCCUCAGGCACCAACUCUCCUCAGGCACCACCUCUCACCAGGCACCAUUUCUCCUCAGGCACCAUCUCCACUCAGGCACCACCUCUCCUCAGGCACCAUCUCCACUCAGGCACCACCUGUCCUCGGGCACCAUCUCCCCCCAGGCACCACCUCUCCUCGGGCACCACCUCUCCUCGGGAACCACCUAUGCUCAGGCACCAACGCUCCUCAGGCACCACCUCUCAUCAGGUACCACCCCUCAUCAGGCACCACCUAUGCUCAGGCACAAACUCUCCUCAGGCACCACCUCUCCUCAGGCACCACCUUUCAUCAGGCACCAACUCUCCUCAGGCACCACCACUUCUCAGGCACCAACUCUCCUCAGGCACCACCUCUCACCAGGCACCACUUCUCCUCAGGCACCAUCUCCUCCCAGACACCACCUCUCCUCAGGCACCACCUCCACUCAGGCACCACCUCUCCUCGGGCACCAUCUCCCCCCAGGCACCACCUCUCCUCGGGCACCACCUCUGCUCUGGAACCACCUAUGCUCAGGCACCAACUCUCCUCAGGCACCACCUCUCAUCAGCUCUCUUGA